AUGGAGUACAUGGCUGUUGAUGUUGAAGGUGUUGUUCUCUCCUCUUUUGAAUGUGUUAUUAUCAAUGUGUAUGCUCCUGAUGAUACUGUGAGGAGAGGGAGAUUAUGGGAAAGUCCAAUAAACUUGAAAGCAUCUUUCCCUACGCCUUGGUGUGUAGGUGGUGAUUUUAAUGAAAUUAGAAGUUUGGGUGAUAGAGUGGGUUGUUCAAGAAGAGAUAGGGGUAUGAAAGACUUCAAUAAUUUCAUAGAUAGAUGUGAGUUGACUGAGACACAAAUGACGGAUAGGAAAUUCACUUGGUGCAAUGCAAUGGAUGGAAACAAAUGGAGUAAAAUUGAUAGAUUCCUACUUAGUCCUGAGUGGUUAGAAAGAUUCAAGCUCAAACUUUGGGGACUACCUAGACUUAUCUUUGAUCAUUGCCCUUUAGUGCUUUUGGAGGAUGAUAGGGACUGGGGACCCAAACCCUUUAAGUUCAUAAAUGUGUGGCUACUACAUCUUCAUUUUGCAUCGUUUCUGGUGAAAGUUUGGCAAGAGACACAAAUAAAUGGCAGAGCAGGUUUCAUAUUGCAUAGGAAAUUACAUGCAUUGAAGUUAGCAUUGAAGAAAUGGAGUGAAGAGGUGUUUGGUAAUGCCUCAGAAAAAAUUAAAGAAGCUGAGAGUCAGCUGCAUUCUUUGGAUCUAUUAGCUGAAGAUAGACCCCUGUUGGAAACAGAGUUGAAGUUAAAAAGAGAGGUAAGAAGUGAAAUGUAG